AAGGAAUGAAUCAUUAUUUAAAUAAAGAGCUUCAGAUGAAGAUAAAUUGUUUGACUUGGUCCAAUCUCGAUCUUACUAGUGGCUCCAUCGGACAGGGGAUUGCAGAGGAUUCUCUUGGACUGGCUACAAGAACCGGUGCUCAGUAUGAUACUUUCAAAAGGCAAGAGGGAGAAGCUGUAGUAAUCUUUCACUGUAUCUAUAAUGGAGUUGUAAUUGCACCAAACCAGAAGUCCUUCUUCAGUCCGCGCUUGCACUCCGAGAUGACCUGCAAAGCCCCGAGGUGGAACUCGGGGGUAGCUAAGAAGGAGAGUAGGAUUUUAUUCACUGCGGGUCCUUCAUCCAUUAAGGGAUGGAAGGAAAAAUUCUUUUUUGUGGAUGACACGGAGUGGGGUAAGGGGGAUGUCGAGGUGAGGGCGUUAGCCUCCUGGAAGGCCAAAAGGGCUAACCAGAAUAGGUUUAGCUUAAAUGAGGAUGAGGAGGAAGAAGUGGGGAAGUUGGUGAGGAAGGGGGGAGAUGUGUUGAACAUCAUGGACCUCACCAGUGCAGCAUGCAUAGAGGCUGCUGAGCUCUAUGGGCCAAGCGCUCUGAGUGAAGCUAAAAUGGACCAGUUUUUGAACACUGCUGGAGGAGCGCCCAUCCCCAAGAAGCCAAGGAAGAAGUCAAAGACUUCAACCAAGAAAGUGGAUGAGGGGAGGACCGGGAAGGAGGUAGUGCCCGUGGCUUCAGCUGAGACGAAGGAGGAGGUGCCAAUGCUGAAGAGGAAGGGUUGGGAGGAGAGGAGGGCACUGCAGAAGAAGCAGAAGGUGGUGGAGGAGGAAGAGGGGAAUGGGGUUCCUGAGUUCGUACCUCAGCCUCCUCCUGUUGAGCUGAACCCUGAGCUCAGACGGUUGGAGGAGGGGGCUGAGGUACGGGGCUCCUGCACCUUCCCUGAAGUGGACAAGCGCAACGCGCGGGAAGAGGCUCUGAGGUACGAGGGAGCAUCCGUUGUGAAGCACGUUCUUGAGAGCGCGAGCUGGGUGAAUGGUCUAGCCCAGGAGUUCAGGGAUGGUGUAAAGGAGCGCGCACUCUUGCAGAGGCGGUGUGACCAACUGCAGAAGGAGAAGGAGAAGCUUGAGAAGAAAAAUAAAGAUCUGCAAGAGUCGCUAGACGAGGUGGUUCCAACUGUGAAGCAGUUGGAGCAGGAGAGGUCUUCCCUGAGCAUCAAGCUCGGCUUUGAAGAGAGCAAAAGGAAGAUCUCUGAAAACGAGCAUGAGGCGCAGGCGCAAGAGCUAAAGCUGACGAAGGAGGCUUUCUUGGAGCUGAAGGGGAAUGUGCAGACCUUGAUGCACAAUGGGAUGAAGGAGCACAUCAGCAACUUCAUCAGCUCCAGCUCGUUUGACAACAUCGUCAACCUAUAUCGGCUGCCUACUACCAUCAUCGCGUUCACGGACUGCAGGAAGAAGGUGAAGGCAGAAUAUCCCGAAGUGGAUAUUACGAAGAUCACAUUCGGAGAGCAAGAAGAAGGAGUGGAGGAAGAUGGUGAGAGCAUGUCAGCAAACUUCCGUCCUCAGAUCAAACUGAGAUGGGAGGAUGAUGCAAACGGACGUGUUGUUUUCCCUCCACAAUUCGACUUCGAGUUCGUGGCAGUGGAGGAAGAAGGGGCAGAGGUAGAGGAAGACGAGGUGGAGGCAGGAGUGGAGGGAGCUGAAGUGGAUGAGAGCCAACCAGUUCCAGAAGUGGAAAUUCAUCCAGUUCCCUCCAACGAUGAGCAGCCUCCUCUGCCAGACGAGCAGCAGCCAAGACAGCCACAUCCUCCAUCUGAACAAGAGCCAGUGGAGCCACCUCCUCCAGCAGAGAACUAAAUUUAUUUUAUUUUUUAAUUUUUUGUAGAGACUUUUAAACAGUUUAUAAUACUUGUAUUACAUUAAAUGAAAUUAUAUAUUUGUUGAUGUUUGGUUUAUAUUUUUAUUAUUUUUUAUGAAUAAAAGAACUGAGAGUAU